AAGAAGUUAGAAUUCUGGAUCUAAAUUGCCUCUGUCCCAAAUAGUCGCUUCCGACAUUUCCCCAAAGGAAGCUGCCGUCCCUUCUCUCUCUCUCUCUCUCUCUCUCUCUCUCUCUCUCUCUCGUCUCAGAUCUACCCCUUCAAUUGGGUAAACGAGAAGAUCAGGUACGCUUUCAAUCGAUCCAAACAAUCUCGACACUGUAAUCCCAAUUUCCUUCUUUAUUUCUUUUUCCUCGCUCGCUCGUAUACAUAUAUAUAUAAUUUCAGCGGAUCAUUUUCAACGUCAAUAUGAAUUCAAAUUACGACAAAUCCACCAAACCCAUGUCCCUCAACACCUUCGACUUCGACUUGGGAAUCGGCUCGAACCGUCCCAAAUCCCUCAACGACCAGAAGACCAAAACACCCUCCUCCUACACCUCUUCUUCCUUCGGGUCUACCCAAUCGAAACCCAACACGGCACCGUCUUGGCAGCCCAGACCCUCGUGGUCCCACCAGCCGGCGCCGACCCAGCCAGCGGCUCGGCCCGGUGCCGCCACCGUUCCUGCCCCGUCCUCGAUGGUUGGGGACAUUUUCGGAAAAAGCUGGGGCUCAACGUCAGCAACGACGUCGAACGCCCCCGCCGUGGCAGCUAGUAUUGGAAUUGUGAAUAAGAACCCUAAUUUGUUUGGUGAUCUGGUUAAUUCGGCCUUAGGGCAGAAUAAGGGUAAUAGUAAUGUUCCUUUGAAGAGUGCAACGGCGAAUUCUGGGCCGGGAUCAAAUAAGGGUGUGUAUUCGAUGGGGAACUUGGCGGAUUCGCUUCCAAAGACGGGUAAUUCGGGUAAUAGAAGUAGUGAUUGGGGGUCUAGUGAGAGUUUUGGGAGUUAUACUAGUUCAAACAAGAAUACUACCAGUAAUAAUAAUAAGGGUAUGUAUUCAAUGGGGAAUAUGGCGGAUUCACUGCCAAAGACCGGUAAUUCGGUUAAAGGUAGUGGUGAUUGGGGGUCGAGUGAGAGUUUUGGAAGUUAUACCAGUGCAAGCAAGAAUAGUAACAUUAGUAAUGCAAAUACUAUGAAGAGUGGAAAUCUAGGGGGUUCGUCAAUUGGCAAUUUGGGAGGCAGAAUGGGUGCCAAUAAGGACCCGUUUGGUUCAUUGACUGGUUUCGGAUCAAAGCCAGCAGGAUGUAUGAGUUCAGUAGGAAAAGGCAAGGCUUCUUCAGGAGGUGAUGGAUUUGGAGAGUUUCAGAAUGCUUCGAAAUCAAGCACGCCUGCGUUUAUGGCAGAUCCUUUCCCUGAGAUCAAGAAAAGUUCCAUGGGGUUGAAUUCUGGGGAUUAUUCGAAGUUGGACGAUUUUGCGAUUCCUAAAUCACAGAAUCAGCCUCCUGUUCAGUUAUCUGGUUUGGAUGCCUUUGACACUCUGUUUACCCCGUCCUCAGCAUCGGCUGGGGGCCCUACUAAAGGGUCUGACGAAGGACUUGCUAGCGAGCAAUUUUCUGGUGCUGAGGAUUGGGGUUUUGAUUCGAAUGACACGGGUGGGACAACUGAGCUUGAUGGGCUUCCUCCACCGCCUGCUGGUGUUUCAGCCUCAGCUGCAAAGGUUAAGGGGAUGGAUAAUUACAAACAAGGGCAGUAUCCCGAUGCAAUAAAGUGGCUUUCUUGGGCUGUGAUUCUUCUUGAAAAGGUUGGUGACGAUGACGCUACCAAGGAGGUCUUAUCCAGCAGGGCUUCAUGUUACAAAGAAGUUGGGGAGUAUAAAAAGGCUGUGGCAGAUUGUACAAAGGUGCUAGAAAAUGAUGGUGAAAAUGUAGCUGUCCUUGUACAGCGGGCACUCUUGUAUGAGAGUAUGGAAAAGUACAGACUUGGAGCAGAAGACCUUAGGACUGUCAUGAAACUUGAUCCUGGUAACAGGGUUGCGAGAAGUACCAUUCACCGCCUGACUAAAAUGGCCGAAUAGAGAAGUUUCUGAAUCCUUUUUCUUUUUCAGUGUUAGCUUUUUCAUUCACGCACAUGUUUGAUAGUUUACUCUCCCUCACAUCGAUAUGGAGAACAAUAACAUUCUGUUUUGAAAGAUGUUGCUCUUUUCAGGUGUACCAAGUGAUUUUACUUGCAUAAAGUGUUGUAUUUCAUAUACUUUUAUUGGUUGUGAACCUGUGAUUAAAAUUCUUCUUUCCCAAUAUAAACUGGCUUUUGGAUUGAGAAUCCAUUUAAUAAAGUGAUGCCCUUUCACUUUUUA